GUUUUUCCCCCAACUGCUAAUUGCAGCUUCUUAUUGAAUCAAACAAAGGUCUUGCUGAAACCAUUGGCAAGAUAACAGUUCAUUGUCUAUACCAUAGGAGUGGAUGCACGUGGCAGGGUCCUUUAUUUGAAUGUACUUCUCAUUGUUCUCGAUGUGCCUUCGGUAAUUCUCCUGUUGUAUGUAACAGGUGUGGAUUUCAAUUUAUGCAUCGUCAAGUGCAGGAGCAUGCACAAAAUUGUCCUGGUGUGCAGCCUCAAACCCAAUCUUAUGCUGCUCAGGAUGCUACAGCCCCAGGGACAACACCUGUUGGUGGUCAGGCAGGAAAUGUUGCCACUCAAGUUCUGUCAUCCCAAACUGCAGCAUCUUCAUUGCCUGGACAAGAUCCCAAUCAGCAGGCCAACCGAACUGCACUGCACCAGUCUGUAGUGCAGGCUACUGUGCCCACAGCAGAACAGUGGUAUCAACAGCUGCAACAAUAUCAACAGAACUACCAGCUGUGUCUGAAAUAUGAUCCUUACCAGCAGCAUUAUCAGCAAUACUACCCUUAUCUACUGCAAGCAGCUCCACAAUACAAACAACCUCAGGUUUAUGGCAUGCCUCAGCUCCCUCAACCCCAAGUUCAACCUCAGGCUCAACUGCAAACACAAUCUCAGUCACAUCCACAUGUUCAGCUGCCUGCUGGUGCUCAACCCGUGAACCAGCCACAAGUCAAUCCACAGCAACAAACUCACAUGACAUCUCACCCCCAGUCUCAAACACAAUCACUGAUACACCCACCUCCCCAUGGCCAACAGCAAUCUCAGGCAACCCACCCUGUGCAGCAUCAUCCAGGACAAGUUCAAAUGCCUCAAUAUCCGCAGCCCCAUUCACAGGUUCAGCAUCCACAAACCCAAGUUCAAGCACAGGCUCAUUCGCAACUUCAUCUCCAGUAUCCCGUUCCUCAGCCUCAAUCUGUACCCCAUUCACAAGGUCUGCCACAAACAAACGCUCAACAUCCUAUGCAGCCUCAUCAACAACCUUUCUCUUCUCAACCAAACCAGCCAAUGAUUCCUCCUCAUCUCCAGACUCAGCCACAGCAUUCAUCAGCCAAUGCAGUGACAGAUCCCCAACCACAGCCUCAACAGCAAAUGCAGCUGGGAGGUCCACAACAUCCUGCACAUUUUUAUCCUCAAGGUGGGCCUCAACCACAAUCACAUCUUGUCCAAAUGCAAAGUCAGUUCCCUCAACAACCUCUGCUGUUGCGUCCACCACAAUCUCAAGAUCCAAUGCAAAACCCUCAACAACCAGGUUUGUUACCUUCACCUGGUCAAGUCCCUAAUGUUCCUCCUUCACAACAGCAGCCAGCGCUUUCCCAUUUUCCCCAUCCUGGACUUCCUCAUCAACGCGCUGUUAUGCAGUCAGUCCAACAACAAGUUCAUCAGCAGUAUGUGCAGCAGGAGCAAUUUUCGGGUCAAGGACUGGGGCCUAUUCAGAAUCAAGUGUCUCAGCAAGGUGCUCACGCACAGCAACAGCUGCAUGUGCAGUCUCAAUUACGUCCCCUGGGGCCAUCCCCAACAUUCCAUCAUCCUUCUCAUGCCUAUCCACAACCACAGCGGAAUGUUGCAUUACCACAUGGCAGGCAAUCCCAUCAGGCCCAAAUUCUAGGAGGAAGGCCUCUGGUGCCAUCUCAUGGAGUGCCAGCUCAGCCACAUCCACACUCAUCUGCCAACAUGCAGGUAAGGCCAAUGCAGGUUGAUGCAGGACAAUCAGGAAACUCCACGAGGACCAACGACCAAGAUCAAUUGUCUUCUGAGCAACAAUCUGGGGCUACUGCAAGACUAUUCUCUGAGAGAAAAGGGGAUCACAUUAUUGAGAAAAGUUUAGAGGCUGAAUCUACUAAUAAAAAUGAUAAAAGGGAUCCUAAUGAUUUGGAUGUUGCUUCUGGUGUUGGAACUAAUGGCAAUAAACCCAUGGAUGAAGUCCAGGAUAUUUCAGAAUCUCUUGGAGCAGAGAAUGGAGGGUUUUUGAUGAAGCAGUUUAAGAAACAACCUAAAGAGGCCAUUGAUGACCAGAAAGAUGUUUCUAAGACUGAACACAAAAGAGUUGAACAUUCUGUGUCAGAAGACAGGGAAAUGAAGGGCAGCCAUCUGUUGAGAACUCCAUUGCAGGAUGGUAGGUACCUUGAAGACCAUAGUAUGAAAUCAGAGAAGAACAGGAAUGUGACUCCUCAACAUUCUGGAGGCUUCUCCUUGCAGAGUCAGGUGCAAGGGGAGGGCUUGGUACAGUCCUCUCAUUCGGCUCCAAUUGCUGACCACGGAAAGCAACAGCCUCCUUUAAUUCCUCAUGGACCUUCUGUCCUUCAACAACGGCCUGUUGGGUCCCCAUUGUUACAAGCGCCUCCUCUUGGACCCGCACAUUGCAUGCAAUUGCCUGGGCAUCCUUCUGCUUUGUCUAGACCUUUGGAUUCUGGACAUAUGCCUCAUCCUGGACAACCUUUUAAUCCACUCCCUGAACAUCUCCAGCAACCUUUAUACAAGCAGUCUCUUGUUGCUGAAGUCUCUCCUGCUGGCAUUGCAGAUCUGGGCUCUACUUCAGUCUUUGGGAGGGAUCCAAGUCAUUAUGGUCCACAAGGACCAUAUACUCAAGGUCAUGGACUCCCUUUGCAAGGUGAAAGAACACCAUCAUAUGGCCAUGAGUCUGACAUGUUUCCAAAUCAGAGGCCCAAUUAUGCGGAUGGCAGAAGAAUAGAUCCACUUGGGCAACAAAUUGGCAUGCACACAAAUGCAAUGGGAAUAAAUGGUGCCCCAGGGCCAGACUCCUCGGAGCCUGGAUUAAGGGAUGAUCUGUCCAGGCCUUUGCCAGAUGAGCAUAAGAGUCCAUUUCUACAGAAUCCAGCAAGAAUUGUUGAUCAGGCAGAGUUUGAAGAAGAUACUAUACAAUGUGGGAAUCACUUGCCCCCUUCAACGCCUCUUGAUAGGGUACUUCAUGGUUUUGGUAUGGAUUUACCACUGAAACCUCAUGAUAAGGGGCUGCAUGCUAUGAAUCAUGAGAAGGGUAUGGAUUUAACACUGAAACCUCGUGACAAUACUGCAGGCAGCCUGCCAGAUUCUGCUCGAACUCAACAAGAUCUUUAUGGGCUAGUUCAUAGAUAUGGUCCUCAUCAUAUGGAUGGUUUGGCCCCUGGAAGUCCAGGUGGAGAUUACCCUGGCAAAUCCUCACAUAGAUUUGGGGCCUCUCCUGGACUUGAUGAUAUUUCUGGCAGGGAAUCACAUCAGUUUGGUGAUUCAUUUCAUGGUAAUAGGUUUCUAGUUUUGCCCAGCCAUUUGCACAGGCCUGGAUUUAGGAGCAACUUUUCCCUCAAGGGAAUUCCUGGGGAUGGUGGAUUCUGUACAGGUGACUUGUAUACUUUUGAUGGUUUGAGAAGGAGGAAGGCAUCUAGCAUGGGAUGGUGUCGCAUUUGUAAAGUUGACUGUGAAACAGUUGAAGGCUUAGACAUGCAUUCACAAACAAGGGAGCAUCAAAAGAUUGCUAUGGAUAUGGUUGUGAAAAUCAAGCAGAAUGCUAAAAAGCAGAAAUUGUAAGUGAUCAUGGGAUUUAACAUUCCAUUGCAGCAGGUCAUUUAUUCAACUUUUGAUAUUUGGAAGAAUCUUCUAUUACUCCAUUGUUUGCUUUGUUUUGUAGAGCUAAAAGUGAUCAUUCCUCACUCGAUGAUGCAAGCAAGUCAAGGAAUGCCAGUUUUGAGGGCCGUGGGAAUAAGAAUUAAGUUGUGGUGCCAUCUUGCAAUGUGGAUCACCUGAAUGCAUUGCUGGCUCAGGGUUGAUUUUUUCUCUUUGGUAUAUUUGAACUUGGUGACAUAGGUGACUCAACCCUCGAUUUCUCUGCUUUCUGGGUGGUUUUGGUAGUCCCGUCAUUUCAAGUUGCUGCCUUCUUAAAGGAAGUGGCUUUCAGGCCUGAAGUUAUGUGGCAUUGCUGAACCAUGGAAUGGAUCCAGAGUUCUUGGACAUGGUAGAAACUAUGACAAAGGGUGACUACAGGAAAUGCAUGGAACAGAGAUUCAAGGAAAUGGUAGCCAGCAAAGGCCUUGAUGCGUCUAAACUGAGAUUGAAGAUAUGGAUUGGGAAAGCAUCUUCUUCCUUUGCAAUCUCCCUGAGUCAAACAUUGCUCAAGUUCCUGAUCUCCAUGAUGAACGCAGGUGGCUUGCAAAACAGUUCUUGCAUCCUGAUAAUGUUCCAGAGUAAAAUUAUAUUUUUCUUUGGGAUAAGGACGUUGGAGUCGAAAAUUUUGAUCCUAAAUGGUAU